AUGGCCUCCAUGAACGUUAAAACUGGCAUCGUUUUCCUCAUCCAGAUGGUCAUUGGAGCCAUGGGGAACAUUUUCCUCUUAAGCCAGUAUUUAUGCUUUUAUUUCAAUAGUGGCAAAUCAAGGUCCACCAAUGUGAUCCUCAGGCACCUGACUGUGGCCAACACCCUGGCCAUGCUCUCCAGGGGAAUCCCAGAGACCAUGGCAGCGUUCGGGAUGGAAGUCUUCCUCAGCGAUGCCGGAUGCAAGCCGGUGUUCUACGCUCACAGGGUGGGCAGGGGUGCGUCCAUGGGCAGCACCUGCCUCCUGAGUGUCUUCCAGGCCAUCAGCAUCAGCCCCGAGGACUGGAAGUGGAAAGAGCUGAAAGUAAAAGCUCUCAAGCACAUGAGCCCCGCCGCUGUCCUCUGCUGGGUCCCGCCUUUGAUGCUGAAUAUCAUCAUUCCUGUGAAUGUGACAGCUAAUCAGAAAAACAAAACCGUAACACACAAAAGAGACCUUGGUGGCUCCAUGGUCUUCAUUCUGUAUACACAUAAGCAGCGAGUUCACUACCUCCACGGGACACAUAUCUCUUCCAAAUCCUCACCUGAGACGAGGGCCAUCCACAGCAUCCUCGUCCUGGUGUGCAUGUACGUAACUCUUUACACCAUCACCUGCACCAUGCAAGUGUCUCUCACUGUGUUUUACAAUCCCAGCUCCUUAUUGCUCACCGUUGCUGCCUUGAUGAACGCCUGUUUCCCCACAGUCUGUCCCUUCGUGCUCAUGAGCCGUGACCAGACCAUAUCCAGAGUCUGUGGUGUCCACCACGGAAGGAACACCCAGUGA